AUGCCUUCCCACAGCUUCAGCUCGUCCAAGUGGCUCGCGCCGCCCAUCCAGACCGCAUCCUUCAAAUCGCUCCUCGUCAUCCCCAUUCUCCUCUCCAUCGCCACCUUUGCAGCUCUCUUCACCCAUUCUGACGUCGACAUUGCUCUUCUGUGGUCGCAAUGCCACUCACGCGCCCGCAUCCCCGGCCUCAGCCAUAUCCCGCUGAUUGGCACGCCGAGCUGCUUCCUCGUCAGCUUCUUCCAGUGCGCGCUGGAUUCGCUGCGAUCCAAGGCCGUCAUGGGUGUGAUUCUGGCCUAUGUCGGUGCUCUGGCGACUGUGUGCACCGUGGAGUCGGCCAGACGCUGCAACAGGUCUAAUACACUCAUUGCGAAGCCCACGCUGUGGUGGCUGCUGUUCAACUUGCUGGGAGGUGCCAUGGUCUGGCAGCUGGUGAUUGUGCCGGCGUUUCUGCACCGGGCCAAGGCGCUGGUGCUGGCGGAGGAGCAGAGCCGGGGAACUGGUCAUGAGGAUUCGACCGUAGCUGCGGCUGCACCUGAAGAUGCCAGCGAGGAGGGCCGCACGCUGCCAGACUCCGAGGCCGUGGCCAUCCCUAUUGCCGUUGCCGCUGGCUAUUUCUUGCCCUCGAUUCUCAUGCUCGUCUUCAACUCUCCGGCCACCAUCACUGUCUGGCUCUUCUUCCCUCUCUACGUAUCUCUCGUUCGUCAGGGCGUUCGUUACAUUGUUGAGAGAAUCCGCCGUGUCAGCCCAACCAGCAUCCAUCACGAAUCUCACUGGCAGUGUGUGGCUCUUGUCUACGCCUUGCCCAUUGUGCUGUCCGUCGCUGCGCACAUCUUCGUCCUCUGGAACCUUGCUCAGGGCGACGACCGCAAGAAGAUGACCAAGCUGACGGUGAGCUUCAUCGAAAUCGACAUUCAGUUUAUUGCCUGGACCGUCUUGUAUUGGGUCUUUGUAGAGGCAGGGUGGAGGGUGCCGCUGAGCAUGAUUGCAACAUCCAUUCUUGCCGGACCCGGUGCGGGAACUAUUUUCGGGUGGCUAUAUCGUGAGAGGCUGGUCAAGAAUGGUUUUGCCGACCUGUUUUCCAUUAUCGAGGACGAGGACAAUGCAGCAGAGGAGAGGCCCUUGUUGGGAUGAGCCGUAUUUGGAGUGAGAGAUUAUGUAGCUAGGCAACAUGAUUGCGCAGAUGCUCUAGAUGAGAUACCCCGAAUGAUUUCUUGUUUCAAUACAAUAUCUAGCAGUCAUGAAUCGC